GUGGCGUCACCGUUGCUUGUAGCCAAUGGUUUUUGGGACGUGGGGUCGGUGGGCGGGAAACCAUCCUCCCCUACCUGGCGAGCAGCGGCGGGCGCGAGUGUGUGGAAACGGCGCCGCCGGCGAGGAAAGAGCCAUGGGCAACGCUGUGGCUCGAGAGGAUUUCGAGUGGGUUUAUACGGACCAGCCGCACGCGGAACGGCGCAAGGAGAUCCUGAGUAAGCGCGCGCCUUCAGGCCCUCCCCGCUCCCCUUUGGGGGUCUCGCCCCACACGAUGCCUCGGCUGGCGAAGGCGCUCUCGAGUCCCCUUCUCUCUCCGACCAUAAGCUCUGCCAGUGUACCCUGGACAAAAUGGCUGAAGUAACAUCCCCUCCCUGCUUUUACUGUGUCAUACGGCGGGGCUCUUAGUAAGAGUGCCAACUUGAAUAAAAUAUUUUUUUUUGUGGGGGGGGGGGGGGAGAGGCCCGCCCACAUAGGGCCAUAGCUGUUAACGUUUCCCUUUUUUUAAGGGGAAUUCCCUUAUUCCGAAUAGGAUUCCUCGCAAGAAAAGGAAAAAGUUGACAGCUAUGCAUAGGACACACUAUUUGAAUGGCAGUGUCCAUCAACAACUUCUUCUUCUAUUUCAUAUCUAUAUCGUUUUAUAUUUUUAAGAAAAUAUAAAAAAUAAGAAAAAUCUCAAAGCGGUUUGAUUAAAACAUCAAUAAAACAAUCUGAGGAAAGUCAAAUAUAGAGUCAAAUAUAGAGUAUACAGCCAAAGCAACAUAAUUAACGGAAAACUAAAAUAUUAUCUUAAAGAUUUCAAAAUAAAACAUUACAAAGGAGGUCAACUUGCUCAAGACUGGAUUGCUUUCUGCUCUUUUCCAAAACUUGAUGUAGCUUAUGAACAAACUGCUACUCAGUGGACCCGCUGCAUAUUUUCUCUCACACACAUAAUCUGUGACAAAGUCCAAACUGGUACACUUGUCCUUUGCUGAAAGCUUAACCAGUUACAGAACAGUGGUGCUUGUGCACUCUCCAAAUCUUAAAAGGAUCACAAAGUUCUUGGAAGAGAGCCAGCCCAUCCAAAAUUUUCGGACCAUUGUUUGUAAUUUGGGUCAGUAACAGGGCUAUAAAAAAAAAGCAAAAACCUACAGCUGUCUAGAAAGUUUAUGCUGUCUUCUGUGAACUGGGAAUAUUUUACUGCCCAUUCAAGAAACAGCCUCUCUUUCUGGACAGAUCAGACAAAACUGGAGUGUAGCAAGAGACAGGAAAUUACUAGCAGUGAGCAGACUAAGUGUGGUUUUCCUACUUUUAACCUAAAAGUCACAGAAUCACAGAAUUGCAGAGUUGGUGUUUAACUACAGAAUACAUAUUUAACACAAACUAAGUUAACAAAAAACAUUUCAAAAAAAACCAACCAUUGCUAAGUGAAGUCAAAUAUAAAAUUUACAUUUAAAACAGCAUAAUUAACAAGAGAAUAAAAUAUAAGCAUGACACGGCUAUUUGGCAGGCACAGAAAGAUGGAGCAAAAGAAUCCAAUAGUUAGGGUUUGUUGUCAACUUGGGGGGACAGACUCUCAAAUAUUUUAUUGGGGUGAGGGCAAAAGGACCUCUUAGCCCCUAGGAGUUGGCUCCUAUGGCUCUUAGUUCCUUGGUCAGCAACUAGCUUUCCAGUAGGAUCUCUCUGAAGCGAGGUUCGGGUGUAGGCUGGUGUGUUGGGCACACUUCAAAAUGGUGUGCCAACAAGCUGCCACAGGUGUAGUAUCAUAGACUCAUAGGAUUGGAGAGUUAGAAGGGGUCGCCAAGGAUAAUCUAGCCCAAGCCCCUGCAAUGCAAGGUGUCAUUUUAUCUUAUGAGUGACAGAAAUUGGCUGAGUGGUUGAAGUUGCCCAGCCACCACCAGUUUCUUGGUGAAGUGGAAGUGUGGGGAAACCCUGUAGCUGUAUUUGGAAGCUCAGCUUUCAAGUUGAUCCUAGAGGCAUCUUUUUUUCACAUGCUAAGACAUUUGAUGCUCAUAGUGAGCAGGUGAGGUGCUAGAAGAGUGGAGUGGCCCUGAGCUUUUAGUUAACAGCAUGCUUCUAGUCCUUGUGGCUGCUGAGAAGCAUCCGUAGGAGACAAAGAUCAAGUUUUAUGCUGACAAUUGCCAUUCCCAAUUACACAUGUUUUUUUUCCAUUUUAUCUGUCUCGAAAUAAAUUCAGAAACCUGAUGUACAAACCCAAUAAGCAACUGAGUAUACAAACUCGGUUUAUUCUAUCCAGCAUCUUGAUUUUAUUUUUCUAGCACCGGAUAGAGAAUCUCUAGGUUACCUGCAUCACAGUAUACUUCUUGCUAGACAUAGGGUGGUAGUCAACUACUUUUUACUAAGAGUGGACCUAUUAACGAACAUGACUAAGGUCCAUUAAUUUCAAUGGGUCUAUUCUUCAUGAAAUUUGGAUCCCCCCCAUGGGCGGAAUUCAGAGUAGCACUAAGGAGAUUGUUCUGUUAGUUCCAUCAGGCAAGCAAAAUGUGCUGUCUCCCCUUUCUUCCUCCUGUGGUUCUUCUGACCCCCAGAGCCAAUUUGGGGGAGGCAAAUGGGUAGGAGAGGGAGGAGAGCCUUAUAGCAUUAGUAGGACUUGUUACUGGCUCACACUACUGCAACAGCUUAAUUGAAUCUGCCCAGAGAAAAGUUAAGAAUUGAAUGACCUCAAACUAUAUUAAAGCAGAUCACCUUGGGAUUGGCACGGUUUUCUGUGUCUGCUUAGUCAACCAUGCUGACUUUCAUGUAAAAGUUAGGUCUGUGAGAAGUCUGCAUAUCUGAUGCCAUAUUUGUUCAUGUUCUUAGUCAAAGGCAACUUGCUGGAAAUGAAGCUUAGUGAAAUCAUGGGAAUAGAUAGCAUGGAUUUCAGUGCUACUACUCUUGAUCUGAAUUAUUAAAAUCUCAAUGGACAGGAGUAAAUAAUUUUAUCGCAAAGUCAUGUUAGUGGAAAUUGCCCACACACUGUUCCAGUCACCACUGGCAGCAUAAGGCCCAAAACAGUUCACUGCUACAAAUGAUAAGGCCUCAGUAAUACAGUUCUGGAUAUUGAUCUAUACAUACAGUUUGCAGGCUUUGCAGAUACAAGUAAGAAGUAUUUCUGCUGCUCCAGCCAUUUAAGUCAUAACACAGACUCUGACUCACAGACUCAUGACUGACUAAUAAGCUUACAUGCCUUAAUCAUUUAUAUAGACAGCGCUACGCCAUUGCCAUUGCCAUAGCCAUAGCAACUGGCUUGUCUGACCAUGCACAUCUUGGCUUAUGAGGUGAUUUAUGCCCAUGAAGGAAAUUAACCCUUUCUUCCAUGUUCAGUUCCUCCAAUAAGUCACAUCUUGGUUACAGUCCCAAAACUAUAUUUUAAAAAUACCUAUUAUUGCAUAUAGUUCCUUAGUGAAGUAGAUGUCAACAUGUAACUUAACUGACUGCGUAUUUACUGCCUUCUGGAUCUGUCUAAAAAGAGCCUCACACAGAUCAUGUGACUGUAAUCCAGUUAUGAGUGGUGAUCAAGCUGUCCUUUUCCAGGAAAGGGCAUAAUUAGUGUAACUUCUUCGUGUCAUGGAGGCUACCUGAGUCUCCACUGACAGAUGAAUCUAAGAACAUCCCAAACUAUCUACCUCUUCUCUCAGAGGGUGUGCAAUUCUCUCCAGAAUUGGUAAUUUCUCAAGAUCCCAUACCUGGAAGGAACUCACCCACAAAUUCAAUUUCAGUUGGUUUGUCACUCAGCCCACCACCGUCCAGAAAUAUCAAAACCUCUUCUGAUUUGGUUGCAACUGAGAAAUAGAACUGCAUGUCAUCAGAAUACUCUUAAUGACCACUCCCAAUAGCUUAAUGUAGAUCUUAAAUAGUACUGGGGACAAAAGUUGUCCUGUGACACAACGGCUUGUGGCGGACACACCUAUAAUCUCCUAAUGCCAUUCUCUGAAUCCUGCUCUGUAAUGAGUGGAACCAAUGUGGAAUUGUGCCCCAGCUCAUCAAGAUGAUCCAAGAGAACAACAUCGUAUCAAACAAUCGUAUCAAAAGUCACUGCAAGAUCAACAGGGUUGCAGUCCCCUUGUCUAUCUUCCAAAUACGGACCUCUGUCAGGGCAACUAAGGCUGAUUCCAUCCCCUAACUUAGCCUGAACCAUUAUGGCAUUGAUGCUGUUGUUGUGCCUGUACUUCAUUUAUGUGGUUUUUACAUUAGACUGCAGAGUUGUACUAAAGCAUCCUGUAUGUAUUCAAACUUUUAACAUAUAUAUAGGCUUGUAUAUAAAGUAGAAUCCAAAAGAUUGUGGCAUGAUCUUCAAAGAGCAUUGUCUAUUGACAGCAGUUAUUUGAAACUUUAUCUCUCUUUUUCUCCCAACAGGAAAACACCCAGAAAUAAAAACUUUGAUGAAACCAGACUACAACUUGAUCUGGAUAGUUACACUGAUGGUGCUUGCACAGCUAGUUGCUAUUUACCUAGUUAAAGAUUUGGAGUGGAAAUGGGUUAUAUUUUGGUCAUAUGUGUUUGGCAGUUGUCUUGAUCAUUCUAUGACUCUGGCUAUUCAUGAGAUUGCCCACAACAGUGCCUUUGGCAAUUGUAAACCUCUGUGGAACCGAUGGCUUGGAAUGUUUGCCAAUCUCGUAUUUGGCAUCCCAUACUCUGUAUCCUUCAAGAGAUAUCACAUGGAUCACCAUCGUUAUCUUGGCGGUGAAGGAAUUGAUGUGGACAUUCCUCUUCCCAUUGAAGGAUGGUUUUUCUGUACUCGUUUUCGAAAGUUCCUUUGGGUUAUUUUUCAGCACUUCCUCUUUGUUAUUCGGCCUCUUUUUAUUAAUCCCAAACCAAUCUCUCAACUUGAAAUAAUGAAUUUGUCAAUUCAAUUUCUCUUUGAUGUUAUGGUAUACUAUGUCUUUGGAGUAAAAGCACUUGUCUACCUGUUAACAGGAGCUCUGCUUGGUUUAGGCUUGCACCCUAUUUCAGGACACUUCAUAGCUGAACAUUACAUGUUUUUAAAAGGACAUGAAACAUAUUCCUACUACGGUCCGCUUAAUAAGCUUACGUUCAAUGUUGGCUACCAUAAUGAACACCAUGACUUCCCUAAUGUUCCUGGGAAAAAUCUUCCACUGGUGAGUACAUUAUAGUGUCCAACUAGCUACUUUGCUGGAUUGAUAUUAUUCUAUUUCUGUGCCGUUAUUUGCUGAUGUAGGUGGGGAUAUAUAUUAAGACUACACUCUAUGUCUGCAAAUUUUAAAUUUGCUCCUAUGUGGGGUAAACUAGUUGUUUUCCUUGCUAAUUGCCACAAUUCAGUCCUGGGUUGCCAUUGUUUUUUGUAGACUUCUGCAAGAAAGUUGCCUUCAAUUCAAUAGAGCUUCAUCCUUGUGGAGCUUUAGGGAUCUACUGUUAUUUAUACCCUACCCAUCUGGCUGGGUUUCCCCAGCCACUCUGGGCGGCUUAUAGUAUAUACAGGGUGAGUCUUUUAAAAGAGGCCCCGUGGAACAUGUGCACUCUGUAUCCACGGGGCCUCUUUUAAAGGACUCACCCUGUAGAAAAACAUACUAAAACAUCAGACAUUAAAAAGGUAGCAAUUGUAGCUCAUGCACAUACCAAUUAGCAUUGCUUCAUUUCUGUAGAGAGUGUUUUCCAUUCCACAUUGUUCAAGAGGCAUUCCUGACCAAUGUGCAAGUGAACAGCUUCUAAAACACAUUAUAAAACAUUAACUAGCUAUGCCAGCGGAGUAUGACAAUGUUCCAGAGAUCCUGUUCUAGAUUGUACUCAGACCUGAAGAGGCUUUUAGGGUGUGUGGAGGAGUGGGUAAAAAAUCUGCAUCCCAUGAGCUUACCUUGGGACCUAAGCCAUUGUUUCUAGAAAACAGGGUUAGUGGCUGUCAGUGCCCUGUUCCUCCUCAGAGGCAGCAUCCUUUGUGUGCCUGUUGUCUGAUUAGGAAGUUGCAUACUGAGUGAAUGCUGGGCAUUUACUUGUGUGACCGGCAGAUUUCCCAAUACAGGUGAUAUGUCCCCUAGAUGUUGGAGUGCAAUUCAUAUCUGCCUCAGCAAGCAUGGCCAAUGAUUAGGGAUGAUGGAAGUUGCAGUAACAUCCAGAAGGCCACAGGAUCCCAAUCCCUAAUUUAGACCUUUUAAAGUUCAAGAGGAAUAAUCAUUUUACAAUUCAAAAUAUUGUGUUUAUUUUACUUUAAAACACUUAUAUACCGCUUAAGUAUUUGCAUUUCUAAACAGUGCAAUUAAAAACAAUCCACAGAAAAUGGAACAAUAAUCUCAGUUGGGGUGUAAUUCCCAGGCUUGGGCCCACUACACUAAAUGCAUGGCUAAUAACAGGGGCUGUGCAUCUGAGCCAUGGGUAAGCAUCGAAGAUUUCAGUGAUCAGGCCAGGAUAUAAGGGAGCAGAUGGUGUAGUUCUGUGCGUAGACAUGCAUACAAUUAGUUCCUAAUUCUGAGAUGAGAUUACUCACCACAACACUGGCUAUUUAAUAUUCUGCUGACAAACUUUAAUUUCUUUCUUUCUUUUAUUAUAGCUGAAGAAAAUGGCCUCUGAAUACUACGAUCAUCUGCCACAGUAUAACUCCUGGGCAAAAGUGCUUUAUGACUUUGUGAUGGAUGACACUAUUAGCCCCUAUUCGCGAGUGAAAAGGCAUUUAAAAGGUGAAGUGAUACUGGAGUGAAAAAAGCCCCACUUCCGUAAACACCAAAGACAGCCUAGUAGCUGAUAGAAGGUUUUGUUUGAUCAAGAUGAAUUUGCUUUGUAUUUGAACCUGGUUUGAACUAUGAAUACAUGAGUGCAAUCUAGAACAGGAUCUCUAGAACUAAACAUUCUCAUGUUCUUUUGCCAUAUAACUAUGUUUCAUGAUGUGUUUUAGUAGCUGUUGACUUGAACAUUGGUUUGUUCUUGUAAGCAUUUUAUCUUACAUGCAGUAUAUGUACUUGUUCAGUUUUUUACACUUGCUGCCCAAGACACUAGCUUUUGCUGACAAACCUUCCAAAUUAACUUCUUUUAAUACGCCAGAAUUGUUUUAAUUAGUGUAGUAGCUGACCAAAAUGGCUGGCUACAACUCCUCCUAGAUUGAGUUGUCUUGGCCAAUCCAAGUGCUAACCUAAUUGAUGGAUUUACAACUGUUGCUGUAAAGUAUGUACCCAGUGAAUAAGGCUAGUGUUUCUGUAAUUUCAAAACACAUGGAUACGAUUACCAUGGAUCUGAUCUCCUGCAGCAGGCCCAUUUCUCAGAAAACAGAUCUGCAUUCCCCUUUUUAUGCAUCUGUACAUAAGAGCUAUGCCCUGCCAUCAAACAGAUGCUUCUUUGGAAACAGACUAGAUCUCCUGAAGUUUAGAAACAGAAUAGUAGAGCCUACAUGUGUCCCGGUAACCAUCUUGUGCUCUCUUAGCUGGGGCAAGAGCUGGAGUGUCAGUUGUUGACAGAAGGUAGCAAGUUUAUAAAAGGUAUAGAACAUUGACUGUUUGAAUGUUAAAUACCUCCUACAAAGGAAUACAAUAAAGUUGUUGUUCAAAAACCAUUCUUGGACACUUGAAUAAAGAUGUUAUUAAUGAAGUUUACU